GGCAGAAUGCAGUCUUUGUAUAAAGUUGUGAUGCCGAUCCUCACGCGUCAUCGAUGUCAUCCUCCACAAUGAGCACAGUUUAUUUCUUCAUUGUUACGGGUCAAGGCAGCACUCUUUCUACUUUGCAUCCAGAGUUUGCUGAAGCUGGGGGUGUCGUGCUUGCCUAUGAUAACUCAGAGACAUACUGGAUUAAUGACAUCCUUUUCGGCGACCUCUUUUCUGCAUCGAAUACAGUAGUGAAGGUCGACUGGUGCAUUGGGGACUCGCUGUCUGCUGCUCAACCUGCAAUUGCCCUCUCAGGUAUCGACUCGUACGGAAGUGAUCACGGAAUUUCCAAAGUUAGCCUUCCUUUUGUCUCUUCUAAACUCUAUGACCUCAUGGUGAUUUCGAAGACAAAAAAUACUAUGAGAACAGACCCCUUGCACGACUACACAGCACCCCAGAACUUCAAGCGAGACUACCCCGCUGCCGCCCAUGUCGUAUGGAUGAUCAGAUGAGUUCCAAUCUAGAUCUUUGCUACCUCUUGCUUGCAACGUGGCCGCUAAUAAUGACGCUGACCUUGAUGCGGCUCCGGUUCACGCUAAACGACAGCGGAAAUAACAUUACGGCGUCUGUGUUCUAUCAGGUUCUCAGCUUGCGGUCUGCUUGUCCUCUCGUACUCACUGACGUUGUCUUGUCCACAAGACUACUUGGAAAAUAUCGGC